AUGGCGAUAUUUUUUGUAUGGAUAUAAGAAGGAUGUUAUAGCGAGAUUUGCCUUGAAAAAAAUUAUAUUAGAAUGAACUUUGAAGUAAAAAUAAGCACAUUAAAGCGAGCCUUGUCUUUAAAAUAAUGAUGUUAGAAUGAACAUGGCAGUGCAAAUAAGGAUGUUAGAGGGAACUUAGCCUUGAAAAUAAUGAUGUUUUAGCAAACCUUGCAGUUAAAAUAAGGAUGUUGAAGCAAUCCUUGCCUUGAAAAUAAUGAUAGAAUGAACAAUACUUCAAAAAUAAGGAUGUAUUUACUUGAAAGCCAAGUUGUGGGACAAGAAAGUCUAUUGUUCUUCUGUGGCAAAAAGAAAACACUCCGUGGCUGUGACUGUGACAAAAUAAAUUCAACAAAUUGCAAAUUUAAUACUUUUUUAUAAAGACUGUUUAUAAAUGAUUAGUUAUUAAAAGAAUGCUUUUCAAGAACAUUUGACCGAUUGAAAAGAAAAUCACUAGUGUUUUGUUAUGGAACAAAAGUGUAUUGAAAGACACCUUAAGUGUAUUGAAAGACACCUAAAAUAUAAUUUUAUAAUUCAUUAUUGAACAAAAAAGUUCAUCUUAAGUCACCACAAAGAUUUAACCUGACUGGUUUCCAUAGCAACCCAAUGGCAGCGAUGGAGACUGUGGUAGCCGUAGCGAUAGGUAUUCUAGCAACAGUGUUCUUGGCCUCCCUGGUAGGCCUCAUUCUGGUCUGCAGACACAAGUUCUGCAGGAGGACAGAUCUGCUGGGACAGCAAAUGAGGGACACCAGACCGGAUGUACAGCUGAUAGAUAGUGACCUGAAGUCCAUGAGUGAAGGAGACGUUGAGCUCGGUGAUGUGGAGAUCUCGAACCCUCGCCUUGAACAGCUGAUCAGGGAUACACACUGGGUGGAUGAUGUCAGUGGUCUCAUCCCCCACUGUAUCGCAAUCCUGAAGACAUGUCACCUGCUGACCGAGCGGCUGGUUGGCAUGACGAUGGGGUCUGCCGAGAAGAUCUACACGCAGGAGAUGCUCACUGACAUCAUCACGAUCGCUAAGAGGAUCAAUCCCCGCGUGGACGACGUCGUGCAGUGUAUGUACCCGCCUCUGGAUCCCAGGCUACUAGAGGCGAGAUGCACGGCGUUAGUUCUCUCUGUCAGCCAUCUGGUCCUGGUAACCAAGAACGCAUGUAAGUCUACACAGAACAUGGACUGGAUUGAUCAGGCCCUGGCAGAUGUGGAGGACCACCUAAGAGUACUCCAGGAAGCCAGUUUCAGUCUUGCCCCUGACUGUAGAUCUCCCUCCAGCUCUGUGGCAUCAGGUGACAGCCAGCAGCCAAUCAUGAAUGGCCAUGUGCAACAUAUCAGCCAAUCAGCUGAGCUGUAACAAUUGACAUGGAUCAGCCAAUGGGUGUCUAUCUACAUAUAUUUGGUUCUACAGCUGAAUGUGGCAUGUGAUCUGAAUCCACCAAUCAGCUGAGCUUUUACACAUUGUUGGUGCAGGAUCCAUGGCAUGUGACAUGAAAUGGCCAAUUGUGUGAGUUCUUGCAAAAAAUUGGUUUGAUAACUAUGUUAUGGGAUGUGAAUAAUCCAAUCAAAUGAGUUUUUACACAGUGAUAGCCCUAUUGACUUGUAAUGACCUGUCAUGUUAUGCAAAUAUGCUUCUCAACUGAACAUAUGGCAUUGGCACAUAAUGUGACCAUUCCUAGACAAGUGCCUGGGUAUUGAAGGUGUUGUAUCAGUCCUGGAAUUAGAGUUGUGUUUAUCCUGUGCAAGCGUAGCAAACCUGAGUAAGCGAUCUACUUGUGUGACUGUUGUUACUGAUUUUGGAAUAAAGCUGAAUAAGUUCACAACUUGUGAUGAAAACUUAGGAAGCUUGUGCUUCAUAUAUACAAUGGUUAGAGUUUAAAUGCCAGUUUAAACAACUGGUUUGUAUUAUGGGGACACAGGUGGCUUCAAAAUAACUUGACAGAUGAUACAAGCAUACUAACAGAAAGUGGUGCACAUAAGAAUCAGAUCAAAGGUCGAAAUUGAACGUCAAAAAUAAAAAAUAUUAACCCAUUUAUGCCUUGUGGACUCUCCCAUCCUUCUUAAUUGGAUCAAUUUAUUUCCAAAAUUUGGGAUGUCUAGUAUAUUUAUUUCUAUAUUUAGAAUAUUUCUUACAGAAAUUCCUUUAAGCAAAGACUGCAGACCCAGAUGAGACGCCGCAUCAUGCAGCGUCUCAUCUUGGUCUACGCUGUUUGCCAAGGCCUUUUUUUUUAGACGCUAGGCAUAAAUGGGUAAAGAUUUUGAUAGAAACUUCUUCUUGUCAUAUCUUUGUAGUAGACUAUUGAUGAUCAGAAUUUCAUGACAAUUGCACAUUUGUUAUUGCAUGCUACAUAAUAAAUGACAAAUAUCAGUUAUUAAUAAUCUGAUCAUGUCAAUUUAUGUUGAGUAUUUUGUUAUAUUCUAUCAAUUUACUCAUGUUCUUUGGUAAUCAUUCAUUUUACUUUUUUAUACCCCCACAAACGAAGUUUAGGGGGGUAUAUAGGAGUGAGCUUUACUGUCUGUCGGCCUGUCCGUAGUAAGUGUCCACUCUCUAAUUCAAAUUGUUUUCAUCCGAUCUUCAACAAACUUGGUCAGAUGUUGUAUCUAGAUGAUGUCUGGUUCAAGUUCAAAUAUGGGUCAUGCCUGGUCAAAAACUAGGUCACUGGGUUGCUUAGUACGUUUUACACAUUCAGCAUGUUGUCCACUCUCUAAUUCAAGUAGUUUUCAUCCGAUCUUCACCACUCUGUCAGAAGUUUAUCUAGAUAAUGUGUAGGUCAAGUUCGAACAUGGGCCAUACCAGGUCAAAAACUAGGUCAUGGGGUCACUUUUUAAACAUUGGGCAUGGUGUCCGUUGUUUUUUGUAAAGACAACAUGCAAAAUAUUCUGUGUGAAUGCGGCAUGUGGGGGUAUUCGUCACGUCUGUGACAAAGCUCUAGUUAUCUCUGAAAUAUUGUUGUUAUAAGUAAAAAACAGCAAAAUUUUACUUUCAUAUUGACACCACUUUUUGCCUUUAUAUUGACACCACUUACUAUAUUGUUAUCUCACCUACCGGUAAGCACCAAGUGCUAUUGUUAGCUAUUGUGAUUCAUCAUCCAUCGUCCUGCGUCAGCAUUAUCUUUUGAAUAAUUUCUUCUCAUAAACCACCUUAUGGAUUUGAUCAACAUUGGCAGGAAUGGGAUGCGUGGCGGCUUUUGUUAAACUCAAGUCAGCAUCCAAGCAUCAAUGGGGCCUUCUUGUUAAUAUUGUGGUUAUAUUGUUGCUUACUGUAUUUGCUUCUUUGAUUGUGGCUUUAUCUGUUGUUGAUGCUCAUACAUGUACCUUAAUUUUAGAAAGUGUUUUAUUCAUGAUGUGAUGUUGGUAAUUAUGGAUUAAAAAAUUAUUAAGACACCAAAAGCAGAAUAGUAUAAACAAUGCAUGGACAUUAUGUUUAAUUCUCUGACAGAAACAGGCUGAGCUGUUGGAAGACAUGAUUUACAGGUUCUGUUUUGAAGCCCUUUAGAGACACAAAUUGUUUCUCAUGUUAGUAUUACGUUGAAUAUAUUUAAAAAAUAUAUAUAUUAUCUAGAGCACGGCUCACCCUAGUUAAUUUUCUAAAGCCAAAUUUAUGGUUGAAUACAAUUUGUUUUUCACAUUUCAAUUUUAUGGGGUUUUAUGAAGAGAAAGUUUUACAAAUAGAAACUUCUUGAGCAAAUUCUUUUACGUUGUAGCCAUUUGGCGAAUGGUUGAGCAGGCCCGGCUAGAGUGAUGCUUUUGUUUUGCACUUUGAACAAAAUAUGAGUGUGUAAAUCUUUGGACACAUGUCCCUUGGCAUAUUGCUUUCAUAUUUUGCAUACUUGUUAACCAUCAUGACCCCAACCUAUAAACAAAAGCAGACAACUGUAUCAAGUAUUUUGACAGAAUUAUUGCCCCUUUUAUACUUAGAAUAUGCAUAUUAUUGAUAAAUCUAUGUUAAAGUUUGCGUACUACCCCAAUAUAUAUUUUCUAAGAAUAUGGAGCUAUCCUACUCACCCCGGCGUCUGCGUGCAAAUGUUAAAGUUUUCACCCCAAAUAUUUUUAGCUCGACUAUUUUAUAUGAAAUAUAUAUAUAUAGUGGAGCUAUCCUACUCACCCCGGCGUCGGCGUUAUUGUUAAGAGUAAGCGUGCCAAUAUUAAAUUUUCGUGCUAACCCAAUUAUUUUCAUUGUCCCUUGCCAUAUUGCUUUCAUAUUUUGCAUACUUGUUUACCAACAUCACCCCAACCUAUAAACAAGAGCAGACAACUCUAUCAAGCAUUUUGUCAUAAUUAUUGCCCCUUUUAUACUUAGAAUAUGCAUAUUAUUGAUAAAUCUAAAUCUGAAUACCACAAUGGAUUCCACCCAAACAAUACCCCACGUCCCUAAACAGAAUCCCUCCCC